GCCAAUGCCUGUCGGAAACGAUCAAUUGGAUAACAUCUCUUUACGUCUAAAUAUGUAGAAGCCACCAAGCAGAUUGCGAGCACCUUUCAGGUUAGCACUACUGUCUAUGCGCUCUUUGGACUCGCUUAAAAACCUAAGACCCAAUCGGCGUUAGUCCGAGCUCGCAUACGAGGUCAUCUCCCUUGCAUGCAUUGUUGCAAUUGCGAUUGGUUGCGCAUGUCGUGAAUGUCUCGCCAUGUCAACACUCGUGCUGGGGAGCAUUCCCGCGGGCUUCUCGCCCACCAUCGUUCAGUUGAUCAUAUUUUGUGCAUUUUCCGGUGCCGGCGGUGAAGCCAUUGUGAGCUUCGGGCAGAUUGUCAUUUCGGAUUUGGUGACGCUUCGUGAGAGGUGCGUGCAGCCUAACCUGACGAGGUGGCCUCUUCCGGCGCUGAUAUGUUGGACUGCUCAAAGAGAAAAAUAUCAAGGCAUCAUCAUGUCGUCGUCGCAUCCGGCUUUGCGAUUGGACCCCUCAUUGGCGGUGUCCUGGCGCGGAAGCUGGCAUCUUAGUGCCACUUUCCUGAGUAAUGAUAGUCGUCCGCGAUCAUCUCUGGACAGCCUUUCUUUUAACGCCGAAUCAUUGCGAAGCUAGCAAGGCGUUCGGUAGCAUCUACGGAUUGUACGAUCGUAGUCGUUAUCAGGACGUAAUGAGGCUGUCAUACUCACCUUUUGUGUACUCGGCGGCGGCGUAGGGACUUAAAAUCCUGGUGUCUGCAUACUGCCCUCA